CUGGCUUCCCGAAAGUGCGCUUUUGUUUUCGUCCAAGCUGGUUGAACCUCUUCAGCCUCCGUAGGCAGUGGGUCUAAAGUACCGAUCAAGAUGGAAGUGAAUCCCCCCAAACAGGAGCACCUGCUGGCCCUGAAAGGUCCUGUUUCCCUCUGAUUUGGAAAGAGAGAGAGUCUUGUAUUUAUAAAUUGCAUUCUAGCUCUAAGGAGCGCAGCUAAGAAAUUUUCUCUUCAUUAAGAGUAACUGGAUUACUGCAGAAUGACUACAGAAGUAAUAUUACAUUAUCGACCAUAUGAGAGUGAUCCCGCACAACUGGCAAAAAUUGCAGAGGAAGUAAUUCAAGACUCUCCUAGACGUCCACUGUCGAGAUUUAUUCCAUGGUUUCCACAUGAUGGGUCCAGACUUCCACUUAGACCUAAAAGAUCACCACCUGUGAUUUCUGAAGAGGCAGCUGAAGAUGUGAGACAGUACUUAAGCAUUUCAGAACAUGAUACUAAAUCGCAGAGUUAUGAUUGCACAGUAGAUCUAUUGGAGUUUCAACCUAAUUUGAAAAAAAAGAAGCACUUAAUCCGAUCACACACACUGAAUGAACAGACUAAUUCUGAAAGUCUGGAUAAACAAUCAGAAAAAGGAAAACACCACAAGAAGAGGUCUUGGAGUGUUUCACUUCCCAACAGUAAUUGUACUGAAAAUAUUUUUCCUUUGUCUAAAAAAUUGCAAGAUAGUUUAAAGGCACUAAAUUUGCACUCAUUUUAUAGAGCAAGAUGGACAAUAGAACACUCUGUUUGUAACAACCAAACUCUGGAAGACAUUUGGGCAAAACUCAGCCGAAUGAUCAGGUGCAAUGAACUUCCAUCUUGUAAUGCUACGAUUCAGAGACAUUUAGGCCAGAUAUGGGUGUUCUGUGAUGUGUUGUACUGUGAAUAUGUGGGAAAUCUUCUUAAAGGAAGAUUAGCUCUUACUGGGAAAAUUAACUUAUUUGUGCAUAAAUAUGGUGUUAUUUUUAGUAUGUAAUGAAUUCCUCUGAUUGUCAAAAAGAAGAAUAUUCUGAAUGAACUGAGUAGGAACUGCAAGAGAUGAAUAAAUUUUUAAUUGUGUGAUGAUUGUGUGAC